GGAAUCACACAGACAGCAUUUUGAGCAGAACGCACGGCCCAACUCUUGUAAUUAUUGUUUAUAGCUGGCUGAGACUGACCAGGAGAGGGCAAACCCAAGAGGAAAUAAGUUUCUUGAACCUUGGAGACAUGGCUGUGUGUUAAUGAAAAGCUGGGACGGGUACUUCUCAGACGUGUUCCAAGUUGUUCUUGAGAUCACAGUUUGCAGCACCACGUUUCCUCUGGAGGGAGUGAGUAGAUAAUUGGGAUCUUUUUUUUUUUUUUUUUACCUCCCCUCCCCGUUUUGGUCUUAUGGCCUUGAACCCGCAGUGAAUUGAAGAGAGAAAGGAAUGGAUAUGUCUGACCCCAAUUUUUGGACUGUGCUCUCAAACUUUACUUUGCCUCAUUUGAGGAGUGGGAACAGGCUUCGUCGAACACAAAGUUGCCGGACAAGCAACCGGAAAAGCUUGAUAGGCAAUGGGCAGUCACCCGCGCUGCCUCGACCGCACUCACCUCUCUCCGCUCAUGCAGGAAAUAGCCCUCAAGAUAGCCCAAGAAACUUCUCCCCCAGUGCCUCAGCCCAUUUUUCAUUUGCACGGAGGACUGAUGGACGCCGCUGGUCCUUGGCUUCUCUCCCCUCCUCUGGCUAUGGAACAAACACACCCAGCUCAACGGUUUCUUCAUCCUGUUCCUCCCAGGAGAAAUUGCAUCAGUUACCAUACCAACCAACGCCAGAUGAAUUACACUUCUUAUCGAAACAUUUUUGUACCACUGAAAGCAUUGCCACGGAGAACAGAUGCAGGAACACGCCCAUGCGCCCCCGUUCCCGAAGUCUGAGCCCUGGACGUUCUCCCGCCUGCUGUGACCAUGAAAUAAUUAUGAUGAACCAUGUCUACAAAGAAAGGUUCCCAAAGGCUACAGCUCAGAUGGAAGACCGUCUAAAGGAAAUUAUCACCAGCUACUCUCCUGACCACGUUCUUCCCCUAGCAGAUGGAGUGCUGAGUUUCACUCACCACCAGAUUAUUGAACUGGCUCGAGAUUGCUUGGAUAAAUCCCACCAGGGUCUCAUCACCUCACGAUACUUCCUUGAAUUACAGCACAAAUUAGAUAAGUUGCUACAGGAGGCUCAUGAUCGUUCAGAAAGUGGAGAAUUGGCAUUUAUUAAACAGCUGGUCAGAAGGAUCUUAAUAGUUAUUGCCCGCCCUGCUCGGUUAUUAGAGUGCCUGGAAUUUGAUCCUGAAGAAUUUUACUACCUACUGGAAGCAGCCGAGGGCCAUGCGAAGGAAGGACAGGGUAUUAAAACUGACAUCCCCAGGUACAUCAUUAGCCAGCUGGGGCUCAAUAAGGAUCCUUUGGAAGAAAUGGCUCAGUUGGGAAACUAUGAUAGUGGGACGGCAGAAACACCAGAAACAGAUGAAUCAGUGAGUAGCUCUAAUGCUUCCUUGAAACUUCGAAGGAAACCUCGGGAAAGUGAUUUUGAAACGAUUAAAUUGAUUAGCAAUGGAGCCUAUGGGGCAGUCUACUUUGUUCGGCAUAAGGAAUCCCGGCAGAGGUUUGCCAUGAAGAAGAUUAAUAAACAGAACCUCAUCCUCCGAAACCAGAUCCAGCAGGCCUUUGUGGAACGGGAUAUCCUGACUUUUGCAGAGAACCCCUUUGUAGUCAGCAUGUAUUGCUCCUUUGAAACAAAGCGCCACUUGUGCAUGGUCAUGGAAUAUGUGGAAGGGGGCGACUGUGCUACCUUAAUGAAGAACAUGGGUCCUCUCCCUGUUGACAUGGCCAGGAUGUACUUUGCUGAGACGGUCCUUGCCUUGGAAUAUCUGCAUAAUUAUGGAAUUGUACACAGGGAUUUGAAACCAGACAAUUUGUUGGUCACCUCCAUGGGACACAUAAAGCUGACCGAUUUUGGAUUAUCCAAGGUCGGGCUAAUGAGCAUGACUACCAAUCUUUAUGAGGGUCAUAUUGAGAAGGACGCCCGAGAGUUUCUAGACAAACAGGUCUGUGGCACACCUGAAUACAUUGCCCCAGAAGUGAUUCUAAGGCAGGGCUAUGGGAAGCCUGUGGACUGGUGGGCAAUGGGGAUUAUCCUCUAUGAAUUUCUGGUUGGAUGCGUGCCAUUCUUUGGGGACACUCCAGAAGAGCUAUUUGGACAAGUCAUCAGUGAUGAGAUCAACUGGCCUGAAAAGGACGAGGCACCACCUCCCGAUGCCCAGGAUCUGAUUACCUUGCUUCUCAGGCAGAAUCCCCUGGAGAGACUGGGGACAGGUGGUGCCUAUGAAGUCAAACAGCAUAGAUUCUUCCGUUCUUUAGAUUGGAACAGUUUGCUGAGACAGAAGGCAGAAUUUAUUCCCCAACUGGAAUCUGAAGAUGACACAAGUUAUUUUGAUACUCGGUCAGAGAAGUAUCAUCAUAUGGAGACUGAGGAAGAAGAUGACACAAAUGAUGAAGACUUUAAUGUGGAAAUAAGGCAGUUUUCCUCGUGUUCACAUAGGUUUUCAAAAGUUUUCAGCAGUAUAGAUCGAAUAACUCAGAAUUCGGGAGAAGAGAAGGAAGACCCUGGGGACAAAACCAAAAGCACAGCUUUGCCAUCCACGGAACCAUUAAGCUGGAGUUCAGAGUAUUCUGAAAUACAACAGUUAUCCACAUCCAACUCGUCAGAUACUGAAAGCAACAGACGUAAACUCAGUUCUGGCCUGCUUCCCAAACUGGCUAUUUCAACAGAAGUAGAACAAGAUGCAGCUGCUCCCUGCCCCGGAGACCUCCACGAGGAACCAGAGAAGCCAGCCCUUCCUGCUGCAGAGUGCGCUCAGGAGGAGCCCGAGGUCACCACCCCAGCCAGCACCAUCAGCAGCUCCACCCUGUCAGUUGGCAGUUUUUCAGAGCACUUGGAUCAGAUAAACGGACGAAGCGAGUGUGUGGACAGUACAGAUAAUUCCUCAAAGCCAUCCAGUGAAUCCGCUUCUCACAUGGCUCGGCAGCGCUUAGAAAGCACAGAAAAAAAGAAAAUCUCGGGGAAAGUCACAAAGUCCCUUUCUGCCAGUGCUCUGUCCCUCAUGAUCCCAGGAGAUAUGUUUGCUGUUUCUCCCCUGGGAAGUCCAAUGUCUCCCCAUUCCCUGUCCUCGGACCCUUCUUCUUCACGAGAUUCCUCUCCCAGCCGAGAUUCUUCAGCAGCCUCUGCCAGUCCACAUCAGCCCGUUGUCAUCCAUAGUUCAGGGAAGAACUAUGGUUUCACCAUCCGAGCCAUCCGGGUAUAUGUGGGCGACAGUGACAUCUAUACAGUCCACCAUAUUGUUUGGAAUGUAGAAGAAGGAAGUCCAGCAUGCCAGGCAGGACUGAAGGCUGGGGAUCUGAUCACACACAUCAAUGGAGAACCGGUACAUGGACUUGUCCACACGGAAGUAAUAGAGCUCUUGCUAAAGAGUGGGAAUAAGGUGUCAAUCACCGCUACGCCAUUUGAAAACACAUCAAUCAAAACAGGACCAGCCAGGAGAAGCAGCUGUAAGAGCCGGAUGGUGAGGCGGAGCAAGAAGUCGAAGAAGAAAGAAAGUCUAGAAAGGAGGAGAUCCCUUUUCAAAAAACUAGCCAAGCAGCCUUCUCCUUUACUCCACACCAGCCGAAGUUUCUCCUGCUUGAACCGAUCACUGUCGUCGGGGGAGAGCCUCCCGGGGUCCCCCACUCACAGCUUGUCUCCCCGUUCUCCUACACCCAGCUAUCGAUCCACCCCUGACUUCCCAUCCGGUACUAACUCCUCCCAGAGCAGCUCCCCAAGCUCUAGUGCCCCUAAUUCCCCAGCAGGCUCAGGACAUAUCCGUCCCAGCACUCUGCAUGGGCUGGCCCCCAAACUCAGCGGACAGCGAUAUCGGUCCGGAAGGCGUAAGUCAGCUGGCAGCAUCCCGCUCUCCCCCCUGGCCCGGACACCCUCUCCAACUCCACCACAGCCCACCUCCCCUCAGCGGUCUCCAUCACCUCUGUUGGGACACUCACUUGGCAAUUCCAAGAUCUCUCAAGCCUUUCCCAGCAAAAUGCACUCCCCUCCCACCAUCGUCAGACACAUCGUGAGGCCCAAGAGCGCAGAGCCCCCACGGUCUCCGCUGCUGAAGCGUGUACAGUCAGAGGAGAAGCUCUCUCCCUCCUAUGGCAGUGACAAGAAGCACCUGUGUUCCCGCAAGCACAGCCUGGAGGUGACUCAGGAGGAGGUGCAGCGGGAACAACCCCAGCGGGAAGUGACUUUGCAGAGCCUGGAGGAGAACGUGUGUGACGCACCUGCCCUCAGCCGGGCCAGGCCUGUGGAACAAGGCUGCCUGAAACGCCCCAUCUCCCGGAAGCUGGGAAGGCAAGAGUCUGUGGACGACCUAGACCGAGAAAAGUUGAAGACCAAGGUUGUGGUGAAGAAACCAGACAGUUUUCUAGAGAACCAAGAAUCCCACCAGAAAUCUCAUGGACUUGGUAGUGAUGUGGAAAACGUCUCUGCUUUGAGGCUAGAAGAGAGAGAGAAAAGAAUAUAUCCAAAAGCUUUAGAAAGGUCAAAUCACUUUGAAAACAAGGCAGCCGUGCAGGAGACCGCGUCCCUGGGCAGCCUGCUGAAAGAUGCUCUCCACAAGCAGGCCAGCGUGCGGGCCAGUGAGGGUGUGACCUCAGAGGGGGCGGCAGCUGGCUAUGGUCCAGCACCCGGGGACCACAGCCAGGGCAUCUGUGACUUCAAACGAGCCUCCACUCCUGGCACCUUUCAAGACGGUCUCUGUCACUCCACUGACAGGUCUGCCUCUGGGAAGGGUGACAACACGGAGAAGCCUCCCCAGGCCAAGGAGUGUCUUCGAUGUGAGAAAUUAGACAACAAGCUGGCCAACAUUGAUUACCUCCGAAAGAUAAUGUCACUUGAAGACAAAGAUGACAGCCUCUGCCCUGUGCUCAAGCCCAAGAUGACAUCUAGUGCCCAUGAAUGUCUGCCAGGGAACGCAGUCCGGCCUGGGGGUGGGCAGCAGGAAGUCCCACUGGCCUCUGAGAGCAGAGCAUUCAUCAGCAGUGCCCACACAGCUCAGAUGAGCAGUGUCUCUUUCGUCCCUCUGAAGGCCUUAGCUGGCCGGGUGGAUGGUGGAGUGGAGAAGCCAGGCUUGGUUGCUCCUGAGUCACCUGUCCGGAAAAGCCCCUCCGAGUAUAAGCUGGAAGGUAGGUCUGUGUCAUGCCUGAAGCCAAUUGAGGGUACUUUGGACAUUGCUCUCCUGUCUGGACCGCAGGCCUCCAAGACAGAGCUGCCUUCCCCGGAACAUGCACAGAGUCCCAGCCCAGGCAGUGACGUGGGGGCCCGUGUGCCCCUGUCUCUUCCCAGCAGCGGUGGGAAGAAGGGUGACACUGCUGCUCAGAGGGAGCCUUCCCCUGCUGGCUUCAAGAUGAAUAAAUCCUACCUGCUCGAGCCUCGGUUCCCACCACCCAACCGCGGUCUCCAGAAUUCUCCAGCAGCUCCGCUGCCUGACCCAGAGCUAAAGCGGGACAGGAAAGUUUCCCAUGCCACCAGGAGCCUGGUGACAGAAAAGGAUCACCCGCGGAGAGAGAGCGGCCCCAGCAAACACCAAGAUCCCAGCCCUGACACUAAGCGCCUGCCCUUCCUGGAACAGAACCUGCACAGUGCCGACCUGUCUGGGCCACGUGGCCCACUGCCACCCGAAUCUGUCCCCUUGAGGGAGAAGCUGAGUGGGAAGGAAUCAUCCGAAAGAGGUCCUUCCGCAGCCAGAAGCGAGUGGUCUGCUGCAAGGUUUGAUGUCCGCAAAGACCCCUCCAUGGAGCUCUGUCCUCCGGAAGCUGCUAAAACCAGUGACAACUCUAAAAACCUCCCCUCUGUGGGAAGGACCCGCCCAGAUCUCUACACACAGACCCAGGCCGUGGAGAAAGCAUGGGGGUCUUGUGGGAAAACAAACCACAGAGAGGGCCGAGACGAGGGGAGGCAGCUGGCCAAAGAGGAUUCCUCUUUGCUCUCAGUGGGGACUCCCUGUGAGAGGGAGCUGGGCAGAGGAAGGAGUGGUGUGGAACAUAAGCCAGAAGCCCCUCCUGCCAGGCGAUCUGUGCAGCCACCUGGAGCUGAGAGUGGGAAGAGUGAAAAGCUCUCAGGUCUCCCGUCUUUACAGAAAGACAGUCUCAAGGAACCAGAAAAGAAAGAACAGCUUCUACAGCAUCUCAGCAGAGGCUCUCAGCCCCAACCGAUCACCAAAGAGCUGUCCAGCCUGGCCACUCGGCAGCGCUGCGGUUCACCCAGCCACUCUUCCGGCAGAGAACUGGGGAGCAAGCCCUGUGCUGCAGAACCCAGCCCGGGCCUCCAGGACCCGCCCAAGCCCGCUGCUAUGCACAGUGAAAGCAGCAGCCACAAGUCCCGGCCUGGCCCUGACCCAGGCCCUCCAAAGUCCAAGCACACAGAUAGGCCCCUCUCUUCCCAGAAGCCAAGUGCUGGGGCUGCAGUGGUCAGAGAGCCUGGCGCACAGACCCCCUGUGGCCCUGGCCGAGAGGGGAAGGACAGCAAUAAGGGCAUGCUGGAUGUGUUCCCUAUCCCCUCAUGUUCCCAGAGCACAGCCAGCGAUGCGAUCGGCCAGAGAAGAAGUGGACCUUCAGUCCCACUGCCCCCUGAAGGGGUUCCUGUGGACACCAAGCUGAAGCCCACCAAUGGUGGGCAUCCCCCUGAGAUGCUGGAGAAGCCUAGGUAUCUGCCACAGCAAGGAUACCCGGGGGUUAUUGAGUCUGUAGACCAGAAACUUCCCACUGUCAGUGAAAAGCUAACCCUGUCUCCAAAGCACCCCAAACCAUCCACUGUGAAAGAUGGCCCCCCGCCAUGCAGACAGACAGACAAGAGCCUCAGUCCACAGGCCACCACCAUAGACAGGAAGUCUGAAGGGAAGAAAUGCACUGAAGCACUUUAUGUUCCAACAGACAGCAGGAAGCUGGAGGCCAGCCUAUCCCUGGCACACGGUGAGGCCAGGCUGAAAGGCACAGAGAGGCCACCAGCGGUGGUGGGGAAGGGUUUGCCAGAGGCCAAGGGAAAAGGGCUCAGUCCCCAGAAGCCACCGACUGAGGCAGGCAAGCCCAGCGGCAUGAAACGGUCACCCUCGGCCAGUGGGCAGAGUUCUUUCCGAUCCACAGCCCUCCCAGAGAAGUCUCUGAGCUCCUCCUGCAGCUUCCCUGAAGCCAGACCAGGAGUUCGAGAGGCCUCGGCAACCAUCAGUGACACCUCUUCUGCCAAGGCCAAUGGGGCCACGGCUGAUCCCGCAGCCCCCAGCAGCAGAGACCCUAGGAAACCCCUGUCUGGGGGGGAUGGCGGAACCCAAAUGACAAAGAGUGACUCUUUGCCAUCUUUUAGGAGCUCCACCAUCACUCCAGAGUCACACCACCCCAACCCAAAUGUGGUGGGGGGAGCUGGCCCCCAGGACAGGGCCCUCUCCGUAACGGCCACCAUAGGAGAAACCAAAGGGAAAGAGCCCGCCCCAGCCCAGCCUCCUCAGAUUAGGAAGCAGAAUGUGUGCAGAGAAGUGACCAAGCCGUCCCCUGCACCCAGCGCUGACCGCCCCAUCACCCUUUCUUCUGAGAAGGACUUUGUGGUCCGGCAGAGGCGGGGGAAAGAGAGUUUGCGAAGCAGCCCUCACAAAAAGGCCUCGUAAUGGGGCAGGCCCGCGUGGCACUGGGGACACCCAACCUGAAUGUGUAACUGAGUCUUGACUCCUUUCGAAACCAGCACUGUGGGAACAUAGCCAGGCAGAGCCUGGAGCCUCACUGAAGAAGGGGAGAGAGAAAGAAAAGAUGGAAAGAAAGAGGGGACCUUCUUCCAAAUGCCUUCCCAAUUGUAACCGGGAAAACUGUUACCAGAUAGUGUUUGUACAAGAAAAAAAUGAAAUACCUUUUACUGUUGAGGGUUUGUUGAGGAAAAAGAUUUUCUCUGUAAAUAUCUGGCAAUGUGUUUGGUUUGGGAUGUAGAGUCUAAACCUUGCUGCUGAUGGCGUCGUUUACUACAGCUUUUUUUAAAAAAAAGAAAAAAUAAGAUUUUUGCUUUACCACUUAUCAUGUAAUGAAGCAAAAUGGUUAAAACCGGGUUUAUGUGAAAGUAUAGAUACACCCAUAUUCGUGUAUAUACACAUCCACCCACAUGUUUUGGUCUGUGGUUUAAGAGACUAUUUCAAGGCUACAUUUUUCUAAGUUCAAACAUCCUAAGUAGAAAUAAAGAUGCAAGAAAGCCCUAAAUACAGUAGAUUGUGAGUUCUUAAUGUGUAGUUUUAACCAUAGAUUUUGAUAGUACUGCAUCUGGCUACCUGUGUUUCCAGAUCUAAAGCAAGAACUACUCUAAUUGCUGCAUUUGGAAUCGUCCUCCAUUAGGAAUGGCCAGAACAAAUGGAGCGAGCCGUCUUCAUUUCAUGGUCCCUAAUAGACAGUUUGAACCUGGGUCCACCUGUCUGAAAGGCCCGCUGUCCCUGUCCCUGUGUGUGUAUGUGGGUCUUCAGCCAAGGUAGAGUGGGGGCUACAAACACACGUCGACUUCACUUCUGUUCUCCUGCUUUUCUUCCGUUUAUGCUCUUAAACUCAGGCCUUUAUGCAGUGAGUCACUAGUCUAAGAAGCACACAUUUUGUAGUUGUCCUGCAGCAGCCCUGCUCAUGAAAAGAAAGGACAGUUACUGACUGCACACAAAUCUGCUAGUACUUAGGUUGAGUGAUAAGCAUCAGGCAUUGGAAGAGGUUUUAAAUUUUCUUUUUUGAGGAAAAGAAGGGAAAUGGGUUUUGGCAUCAUAGCAUAUAUAUUAAGGAAUAAUCAGGACAUCAGAUACAUUUUAAUACAUAGCUGGGGCCUUAUGUUGUAGACGAAGCUUGCUGUUUUUAGCAAGUUCCUGGGUUUCACAUUCAUUUCUGAUGCAUCGAGUAGCUCCAUACAUUUCAUAACAUGAUUUCUUUAUUUGUAUGCAAAAAAAAAAAAUACUGUAUUACUAAGAGCAGCAUUUUUGUAACAAAAAGACCUGUUGGAGCUAUUUGGUGCUUGAAUGUGACUGUCCUUUUUACUUUUGCUAAGCCUUAUUUAAAUUUUGUAUACUCCAUGGAAUAUAUAGAAUUUGUCCAAUCAUUUUAGUGCUGAGGGGUUUUUUUUGUUUUUUUGUUACAGUUUUCCUGGUGGUUUGUUUUGUAUUAUAAGAUGGCACUUGCUGACAUAAUUACUAAGGCACUAAGAUAAAAUACACACAGAUAAGUAUUUAUAAGAUGUUUGAGAUCCAUAGCAGGAAUUUUUUUGUUGUAACUGUUAUAUAAGAAAAAAAAAUUGUCAACAAAUGCUAACCCAGCACCCACACCCUCCCAGGGUUAUCUUAGUGUCUUCAGGCUAUAAAAUUAUUCAUCUAAGCACAGCAUCAUCUUAUAGCCCUGUGGAUUGUAAAUCAUUUAGCGAGGCUGUAAACUCCGCCCCCAAAACAAAGGCCUUACUUAACCGACUGCUUGGUUGUCCUUCAUUGUAAAAUGAGUUGGCAAUGGCCUGCGAUCGUGCACGCACGCACCAGCGCGCAUGCACACACACGGAUAGAAAAGAAUAGAAAAAGUCUCCUUGCUUCUAUUUUUUUCCCCAUGUAGUGUUAGCCAGUCCCCAUCACUACGUUGUGAAGUUGUAGAAGAAACAAAUAUUUUACAAGAACUUAAAUUGGUUUCAAAAGUGGUCUCAACAUUUAUAAUUCAUAUCUGUGUUUGGCAGUUGUCAUAACCCAGUACUUCUGCACUCAGAUAUCGAGAUAGGUCUAUCGGGGAGGCGGUUUCAUGGUUUACAGCCUUUGCUUUUUAACUGUCUUGUUUCCUUUAAAGCACAAUUAGGUGCUCGUUUACAAAAGCUAUUUUUGUGUAUAUUUUGUAGAGUGUAUUAUCAUUUUUGCCAAAUACAUUUUUGCAUUUUGGAUGAGUAAAGAGUACUUAAGGUUGCAUUAAUGUAAUACCUGUUUGUUGUUGUAAACCUCUCCAAUCAGCUGAUAGAAAUUCUCCUGUGUUCUCUUGGUCGGUCUCCUGUGAUUGUAAGAUGUGCUCCUCGGUAGUACUCCCAGCAGUAGAUUUACCAGCUUAAAGUUUGUUAGGAUCUGUGCAAUAAAGUGUUUGCAGUCUUAUUUUCUCUAAGAAAUUCCCUAUGGAUGUCAUAAUUGUUGUAUAUUGAACAAAUAUUUAUACUUAUGCAGUUGCAUAACAUUGAAAUAAAAAUUUAGCAUGAAAA